AUGUCGGACACAAAAAUGCAGUUAGAAGACUGGUUGGACGACCUCUGCGUCCGCUUCAUCAUCAACCUACCUCAGGAAGAUCUAUCGUCGGUUCCCAGGAUAUGUUUCCAAGUCGAGGAAGCCCAAUGGUUUUACGAGGAUUUCAUCCGCCCUCUCGACCCCACCCUACCUUCGAUGUCUCUUCGCACGUUUUGUCUACGGAUAUUUCAGCACUGCCCUCUACUCACAACUUUCCCCGUCGGCGUGCAUAUUCAGGCCUUUGAGGAGUUUCUUCAGUACAAGACCCGUGUGCCCGUGCGCGGCGCUAUCCUGUUAAAUGAAGAGAUGGACUCGGUUUUGUUGGUGCGCGGCUGGAAGAAGGGCGCGAAUUGGAGCUUCCCGCGGGGGAAGAUCAACAAAGACGAGGACGAUCUCGACUGUGCUAUCCGCGAGGUGUAUGAAGAGACGGGGUUCGAUAUCCGCGAGGCUGGUCUAGUCGCUUCUCAAAAAGAGACCAAAUUCAUCGAGGUUACUAUGCGUGAUCAGCAAAUUCGCCUCUACGUCUUCCGCAAUGUACCCAUGGACACUCGCUUCCAGCCUCGUACCAGGAAGGAAAUUAGUAAGAUCCAAUGGUACAAGCUGUCGGAGCUUCCUGCAUUCCGGAAGAAGGGCCACGGAAACCACAGCGACGGCGGAAACGCCGCUACCAACGCGAACAAGUUUUACAUGGUUGCGCCUUUCCUUGUCCCACUGAAGAAGUGGAUUGUCCAGCAACAGAAGAGGGACGCCAGCCGGGCCCGGGACGAGAUAUAUGCUAUACCCGAACCUGUUCCUGAGGAGGCUGCCGUUGAAGAUUAUACCUGGACGCGGCCGGAGGCUGCUCAGGGCGGUCCGGAUCUUGAUGCCCUCGAGGGUGCGACUCGAGAGCUGCAGCGGUUGCUUAAGAUGCAACCGCCUACCCAAGGGUUGCAACAGCAGAUACCGAGCCAGCCAUCUCCCGAGCAAGACAAAGGAGGCGCAUUGUUGGCGUUGCUUCAAUCCAAGGUUUCUGUACCGGGCGGUCAAUCCCGAGCUCCUCAUACACCUACUGACCAUGUCAUUGCGAAUCCCGAGCAACCACGCAGUCCUCACCACCACCCUGCUCAACAUCCUCCGCUUGCUAACCAGGAUUACCCCCCGCCCGCAUUUCAUAUCCCCCAGACUCAGGGUCACUGGACACCGGAACAAUAUCCCAAUGCCCAACUUGGAAACGGCCCGCCGAUGCAGCCUCAGCAUCACCAGCAAGUCCCUGGUUUCCUGCAGCCGCAGCCGAACGAGCCCACCCUCGUGCAUCCCCAACCUCUCCCUCCACAUGUACAGAAGACUGGCGUACUCAAUUAUACUACCCCAUCUCCGCAUACUCUAAUCAACGGCCCUCCGGGUCCGCAAGGCGCACCACGUGGUGUGCCUCAACAGGCCCCUUACCCUGGCUACUCAGUGACUCAAACCCGGCCACCGGGAGGCCCUCUGACCGACCACUCAAAAGCAUUAUUGGAUGCCUUCAAACAGCCAGCUUCGCAUAAUCCUCAGCCGACCGAGAUUCGCAACCCCCCGCCGUAUCCCACCUCCGAUUAUGAGUCGACGAGGGCGCCGGAGGUCGUCUACGCUGCCUCGAAACCCUAUCAACCCGCCGCGAAUCCUCAAAUGCCGACGGCUAUGUACUCCUCGUACCCCGGACCCCAGGGUGUUGCCGUUCGCAACCAAGGCUCCGUCAACGAAAAGCACCGUUCGGCAUUAUUGGAUAUGUUCAAGCGCACGGAUCCGAAUACCUCGCCUCGAGCCGCCAACUUUGGCCGUCCCGCGUCUGGUUCCGGGUCGCACAGCAAGCCGGGCUCCAUCGUGGGGGCGAGCCCUCGUAUCCCUAUGGCCAACCUCUCCCUGCGCGACCAAUCUGGCAGCCCCUCAUCGAAGCCUUAUCAGUCGCCUCGUAGCCAGGGUCGCGAACAGGCCGCGCCACGUGUAUCGAGCAGUGGUUCUUCGCAGCCUCUAAUGCAAUUGCUCCGCCGUCAAGAGCAGGCCUCACCAAAGAUCCACCAACGACCCACCGCUGCCGCUGCUUCCAAUUAUUCAUAUUACUACGAUCCUGCGCAGGCCGUCCCCGCUGGCCUGGCAAGUCCGCCGGCACCUACGUCUCUCCCCGUACCCGUGUUCCAGAAACAGCAGGUCGCGUCACCCGAGCACAAGCAGAAACUACUAUCCCUAUUCGGCCAGCCUCAGGUCGUUCCACCCCCGGUUGACGAAUCAACCCCCGAUCACGUCAGUGUCGUCAAACGUCCCUCGGUCGAAUAUCAUAGCGGAUCGAUUACGCCCGGCGCAGGUUACGUCACUUCGACCGCCACGACGACGGUGCCUGCGCCCGAUUCGCGUCGGGGAAGCGGGACGCCCAUCUCUCCCGCCGACAGAAGUUUCUUGCUGGGUUACCUGCAGUCGGCCACGCACCAGGCUAGCCAUUAG